CUUCUAUCUCUGUCUCUCUCUCUCUCUCUCUCUCUAUCUAUCUCCAGCGAGACAUAACCUAAUACACACAUAGGGUACAACAAGCCGUAUACGUGGCGAGCGUCGGGGGGCACACACAACGGUGCAUCGAGCGCCGCUGCAGAGAGAGAGACGGAACGAGAAAAGGCGCGCGCGCGCGCGCGACGACGACGACGGCGGAUCGAGCCAGCGCGCAGCGUCUAUAGUCGCGGCAGUAUCUCGUCGGCAGUCGUCCUGGUAAAUCGUCUCUCUCUCUCUCUCUAUCCCUGCCGUCCGCGGGUUUAUAUACCUGUAUAUAUAUAUUUACAUCGCAGAGUGGUACGCAUACACAAACAUUCUUGACGCGUAAGCCUGUACUGUAUAAUAAUAUUUAUGUAUAAGUAUAAUAUGAGGUAUAGUCGUGUGGUUGUUCGGUUGACGAGUUUGUGCAAUGAUUGAGAGAAUCAAUCGGCAUAGUCUUUUAUAUGCUAUACUGGCUGCAUCUGACGAGUCAUCGCGCGCGCGCUGCGUCUAAUUAUCUUACAUAUCGGUUUAAUGAGUUCUCCGUGUGUGAUCCUCUCUCUUGAAAAAUGCAAAAGUGCAAUCCGGUCUAACCUCCGCGUGAUUUCGGAGCAGUGUCAAUAGUCGUUGCAGGUAUACAUAUACUACAUUUAUACGACCUAGUCGUGGUCAAUUCAGCGAUAAUACAGCAACUACCGACGUAACGUCUGCUGCUAUUGUAAUAGGUACGUAUACUGAGCAGAAUAGCAGCCACGACGAGGCACUAGCAAAAUGGCCGAGAACAAGGAGCCGCCGACGACAGCGGCAGAGCCGGAGUCAAGUCUGUUGGCCGGCUUCGUGAGCGAGGUAAUCCGGAGUCCGGUGAACCUCGCCCUCGUCGCCAUAAUCGCUCUGCUGGUCUAUAAGAUCUUCAAGAGCAGGACGAAGCAGGACGAGCCGGUGCAGCGGAUCAAGGAGCUGCCGAAAAUGAGGCGCGAUUUCACUGUGGAGGAGCUCAAGGAGUACAACGGCACUCAAGCCGAUGGAAGGAUCCUCGUUGCCGUCAAUGGAAACGUUUACGACGUCACCAAGGGAGCUCGAUUCUACGGUCCUGGUGGACCUUAUGCAGCUUUCGGAGGUCGAGACGCUAGUCGAGGUUUAGCUACAUUCUCUGUAGUGCCUGGAAAGGAUGACUAUGAUGAUCUCAGUGACUUAAACACGGACGAAAUGAACUCUGUUAAGGAAUGGGAAGAACAAUUCAAAGAGAGGUACGACUACGUAGGUAAGCUUCUGAAGCCAGGUGAAGCUCCCACUAAUUACUCAGAUGAAGAGGAAGAGGGUAGCCAACAAGAAAGCGAAAACAAAUCCAAAAGCGAUUGACCGCUCAAACGUUGGGCUAAGCUGAACUUUCCAUUGUACACAGCGCGCACACUGUUGUUACAUGAAAUUACAAAAAUACCGAACAUAAAUAUAUUUGUGGCCGUUCAGCUGAAUGUUUCGCUACUCCAUAAUAUACAGAUGUAAAGCAAAGAAAAAAUGAAAAAAGGAUUGUAAUGUCUGUUGAUAGAAUUGAGAAGUAUAUGAGUAUGUCGUGUGCCGUAAUCUUGAAUCAAGCCUUGAUUCAGAUGUCGUAACUAUGUGCGAAUAUGUUUUUUUUUUAUAUUACUAUUAUUAUACAUAUAUAAGCACUAGAUGGAAUAUUCUGUGAAAUAAGUAGACAUUUCUUUCUCAAGCUGUCUGUAAAAUAAACUAUUUACAUAAUUAUAACUGACAUAAAAUGAUUUCUAUGUAAAUUUAUAAAGUCACUUACAGACAGUGCGCAGUGAAAUGUUUUUGUCUUCAAAGAAUAUUUUAGUUUAUGCUGGGGGGUUAUUAAACAGACCAAGAGUGCAUCUGGAAUAUGAGCGUUUUUAUGGCUGCGAAAUCUUUAUCAGAUAUAUCCAAGUUAUACUACGUAUAUUUUCCAUGAGUAAAGCUGAAAAUGAUCAUUUUUUAUUUUUAAACUUAUAUUAGUCUUGGUAAAAGGACUUUUAUUGGCUACUUCACGGUAUGAUUGCAAUAAGAUUUCUUUUUCUGUAGAGGAAAAUUUAACGUGCAUUAUCAAGUGGCGAGUUGCAUUAUUAAACAUGCGCCAAUAUAUAAGUUUGUGAAAAUAAAAUGAAUAUUUUUAUUAUGAAAUUUUUUAAGCCAUCACACGUUCUUUUUGUUCGCAUGUUAAUGAUGAUUUAAUACAUAUUCAAAAUAGAAAAGAUUUGUAUUUAAAAGAUACAUUGCUGCACUUAUUUAAGUUAGUGCAUUGGCUGUAAUUUUCUAUAAAAUUCUUAUAAAAAAACGUAAUAUUAAUAACAUUGUUUUUUUUCCUUUCGUACAAAUCUUUUCCUAGUGUGCAUUGAGCUCCAUGGCUAAACAGUCAUUCCUAGAGAAAUUUGAAAUGAAUUUUUCAUCUUGAUUCGUUUUAAAAUUUCUCGGAAGGAAAAAGCAAUUCUACUUGUUGAUAUUUUAAACGCUUUUGCUUCAAGAUACUUAUAUAGUAAUAAUUAAAAAUCAAUGAAACCCUAGCUUCAACUUUUCAUUAACUUAAAAUUUUUCUUGAUAAUAUAAGUUGAUCUAUAAAAAGGUAAAAUAUGGUUUGUAAAGUAACUUGCAUUUAUUGAAAGAGUUUCAUUCAAAUUCGUUUAAAUGAUUCACUCUCAAAAUUUAUGUAAGAAAAAGUGGCUUUGGUUGCAUACAAUAAUGUUAAGUAAAAUAGAAAAAAAAGUGAAAAUUGAAAGAAAUAAUGUAAUGUGUUUCAAAAAAUUGUGCCUGUAAAAUAGAUCAAAUACCCACGAACAUAUUAUACAAUAUAGACACAAAAAACGUUGAUUGCUAUUUCAGAAUAUCUCUACACUUGUCACAUUACUACAGCAAAAAUAUUUGCAAUUGAAUCAGAUUUUUUAUACCAUGGUUUGACGUAUUUAAACUAUCUAUAUUUAUAAAUUUAUCUCCUUUAACAAAAAAUUGUGUGUUUUAGCUUUUGACUAAAAUAGUUCCAGUCUUAUGAUAUACACUGUUUUAAAACAACGUCAAUAUGGUUUGAAAAUUAAAUUUGCUGUGAUUAUAUGAUCUCAUUUUUCAUACUACAAAAAUUAUGAGAUAAUUGUUAGUACUUACCUUACUUAUCAAAAUUGGUACAAUCAGCUGGUAAUUAUAAAUAGUUAACAAUGUUAAAUUGUAAAAGAUUUAUGUGAAAAUGAAAACCACUAAAACUAUAAUGAAACAGGCAUUAAAGAAAUUACAAUAUACAAUACAACACGCUUUUCCGCAAACCAGUUCUGCAAAAGCAAAUCAAAAUUCAUCGCUGUCAGAAUUCAGAUAAUACUUCCAAAUAUAUAUAUAUAUAUAUAUACAUAUAUACACAUGAUGUUAUAUGUACAAAAUCUAUACAAAGCGAGCUAUAUGAAUGCCUUUUAUAAAGUGCAUUUGGUUUUCGUUAUUAGACUUUUUUGUAGAAAAAAUUUCUUGUUUAAGCUAGUUGCAAUGAAGAAAAAAAUAAAAAUGAAUAAAAAGACUGACAUUUUAUCAAAAACAUA